UGUGUGUGUGUGUGUGUGUGUGUGCAGGCUGGGAAGAGGUUACACUGGGUUUCUACUUUAUAAACUUUAAACUGUGAAGCUCAGUGUUACCAUGCCUCGAGGAAGAUCAGCCAGGAGUGCCUGCUCAGACAGCAGUGAAAUGGAUACUGAUGGUACAGCAGAAUCAGAGAUAGCCAAACUGCAAAGGCAGUUCAGGAUCAUGGAGGGAGAUCGGCUGGCCUACAACCUUCAGGCUCAGGAGCAGAUCCGCAAACAACAGCAGGAGAUAGAGAAGCUACUGAAGGAGCAGGAGGAGCUGCAUCGAAACCUUGGUGCCUGUAAGAGCAUCUCACGACAACAGCAGGACAGUGAGGACACCAAGAGUCUUUGUGCCCUGCUGGAGCAGAGAGACGCACUGGAGGAGGAGAUGGAGAAAGAGAAGCAGCGCCAAAAGGAGUUAGAGAAAGAGAUCGCAAACAUGCAGUUGAAGCUUGCAGAUGUGAGAAAAGGGGAGGUCAGUACUAGUGAUACAAAGAGGUCUGAGGAACGGCGGACUCAGAAGGCCAUACGUACUCUGGAAUACAAACUGGACAGAGCCUUGACUCGCUUCAAUGAGCAACUGACUAAAAACGGCCACCAGAGAGAGGAGCUGCAGACUCUUCAUAUUGAACGUGUCCGUUUCCAGCAACUACAAGACAGGCUGGACAAGGAACUCCACGAUGUCCGCAAGAAGAUUGGAGAAAUUGUCAGCCUCUCCACUGCUGCUUACGAUGCCAGGGUGGAGGCUCAGUCCAAGAUGACCAUGAUGAAGGAGAAGGCAGUGAAGGACCUUGCCCAGUACAACACUGAGAUGAAAGAACUGGAAAGGGUUAUUGCACAUGAGUGUAGCUUGAAAGAUUUCAUGAGCACCAAGUGCAGCGAGAGGAGUGGGCUGGAUGAUGGCCCUGAGAUGGGACACAGGCAGUUGUCUGAGCUGAAGGAGCAGAAGAGGAUGGAGUCAGGGGAAGAGUCACUGGACGCUCUGGAAGAAGUGUUUGAGAGGAUUCAGACUGUGACAGGGGAGGACAACCUGGACAUGCUGGUCACCAGGUUCAUCCAGGCUGAAGACCGGAACUUUGCACUCUUCAAUUUUGUAAAUGAGCAAAACAAUGAGGCUGAGGCACUGAGGGAUCAAAUCAGUCAGAUACAAGUAGAGAUUGAGGAGUUUCGAGUAGCAGGUUUACAACAGGAGAAAGAUCAUCAGUCUUUGCUGAAAGACAUUGAUGAGCAACGUCAGGAAACUGAGUUCAAAGCUGACAACUAUGAAAACCAAGCCAACAUCACAAGCAAAAUCCUGGACGAGGUUAAAACAGGAGUGAACAGUAUCUUCUCUAAAAUGGAGUGCGACCGCUCAGUGAUAGAGGAUAAACUGGGCUCCUCCUCAGGGAUCAGUGAGAACAACAUCAUGUCCUACCUGAGUCUGGUGGAACAAAAGACCAAUGACCUGCUCGCCAUACAAGCUUUCCUCAAUUCCAAAGAUCUGGAAAAAGACUACAAUCCAAAAGACCUGGCUAAAUUUCUUUUGGGUCAAAAUCCAGAACUGCUUCAACAGAAUGUUAGCAUCCAGCCUGCAAUCGACAGCGUGGAUUAUGAAGCAGAAGAGUCUUCUGUCACUGAUGAGGAAGAACAGCCACUUUCACAGGAGGAACUUCGCCAAAGAAUAAUAAAAGGGGUUCUGCAGAAAGAGAGCUCAGUCCGGCAGGCUGAAAACAAGACAUCGAAGAACAGUCAGCAGUUUGAUGGCAGACGGCGCUCCCUGGAAGACGCACUGAUCUGACGCAAUCAUUGACCGGAUCAGUUUAGUUAAUGUGCACAUAUUAAAAACAGGACCCUCAUCCUCAACGUCAUCUGCUGUUGAAGGGCCUGCUUUCAUUGUUUACCGUAAUAUAGAUCACUGUAGGGCCAUGACCGCUGAUCGAACCAGCUUGAUUGGCCAUUUUGAAAUGUUGCAGCUUGCGCAUAUAAACAUUUAAAGCUUAAUAAUGUUAUGUGUAUGUCACAUUUUAUGAUGAAUAAUUGGCAUGGCCUGUAUAUUAUAUCUUGUUGUGAUUUGUUUAGUUGUAACUAAUCAGGUUUGGUGUUAUAAAGAUGCCUUUUCAGACUCUGGUCACCAGCUGUCCUUUUGAUGUGUGACUUGCCAUCUGGCUUUGACUAUACAAUCUGGUCUCAGUACAGCCCUCCCUCGCUGGCAGUGCUUCAUUACAUGAUACUUGCUGCUAUGCUCAAAAGGAAAGGUGGGGGGCAGCAGAACCUUUUGUAAUCGUAAUUGGCAUGCUGAGACCUUGAUUCUGUUUCCAAAAAGGAGGCGAGAAGCUUUUAGCGCUUCACUGUACACACUGAUAUUGAACACAUUUCUGUCCCUGGAAUAAUAAUUAUUUUAUUUUGGUGAA